CAGGAAGCAGUGCGCAGAAAUAUUUGACCCAUAAUGCAUCGCGACGGCUGACAAGUGGAUCCAAGAUGGCGUAGAAAGUAAAGCUAGACACUCUGUCCCAGAGUCAUGGAGGACAGGAGGCCACAGAAGUCAUGUGACGAGGCCAUUGGAUCAUUAGCGAGGCAGGAGUAUGAGGCGGCGGUGGCCCACAGCACAGAGGCCCUGCUGGCCAUGGGGCCCCGGACCCCGACCCCCAGCACUGCCCUCCUGCGCACGCGAGCCCUGCUCUACCGCAUAGCAGCACGACUACAGCUGAAGGACUAUGAUCAGGCUGAUGAAGACUGCAAGCAUGUGUUUGCUGAGGAGCUGGCCAAGGGAGAUGGCAGUUUCAGGGCAGGGCUUCAGAGUCUGCUGCUGGACGGAAGCUUACAGGAGGUCUGCAGCGUUCUCUCUAAAGCGCUUUAUGGAGAACCCCUGAAUGGGAUCAUGACUAAAGACAUGACGAGACUGAAGAGGCUCCUCUCAGAAAUAGAGGCGGUGAGGAGUAAAAUGGUGAUUUCUGAAGAGAACGAGGAGGAUGUUCAGGAGGGCUGGCAGUUUCGUCCUCCUCCUCGAGGGGUCACAAGUAGUGAAGAAUACACAUUGUGCAAAAGGUUUUUGGAGCAGGGUCUGUGCCGGUACGGAGCUCAGUGCACCUCUGCUCACUCUCAGGAGGAGCUGACCGAAUGGCAGCGGCGUUACGCCUCGCGCCUCAUCCGCCUCAAACAGCAGCAGGAGGGCAAACACUUCAGCGAGAACUACAUGGAGGCGCUCAUCGAGAAGUGGAUCAACUCACUCACCCCCGAGAGAGUGAUGAAUGACUGUGUGGAUGGAGUUACAGUGGAGCACAGCUCAGAUCUCUCCAUUACCGUCAACACCAAGAAAUCAUCCCACUCCUGGACAUUCACGCUCUUCUGCAAGCCGGUCCGCACUCUUCAGCGCAUCGCUCUGCUGUAUGACGCCAAUCGGCCCCAUUUCUCCAUCGCAUCAGUGUCAGCCGGAGAUGCCUCCGCCCUGGAGCCGCAGCCGGUGUGCCCGGGCGGCUGUCAGGAGUGGAGCGCCACCGGCCCGGUGCAGAAUGGGAUGGACCACUGCGUCUACACGGUGGAGAUCGCCUUCAGCACAGAGAUCUUCGGCACCUUCCGGCAGACCGUGGUGUUUGAUUUGGGCUGUGAGCCAGUGCUGAUGCAGAGAGUGAUGGUGGACGCUGCAUCCAUCGAAGACCUGGAGCACCUGUUGCAGGCGCGGCAGCAGCUCCUGAUGACGGCCAAGCGCUGGGACUCGUCCUGCAAAACCAUCGUGGAGUUCGUCCCGAAUGAGAACAUGGACCUGGAGCGCAGUUUGCUGACCCGCUACCAAAUCCCGCUGUCCGCCGACCAGCUCUUCACGCAGUCUGUCCUGGACAAAACCCUCACCAGAGACAACUACCAGCCGCGGCUGCACGACCUGCUCUACAUCGAGGAGAUCGCGCAGUACAAGGAAGUCAGCAAGUUCAACAUUAAGGUUAACCUGCAGCUGGUGACGAGCUUCAUGCUGACGGGCAUUUCAGGCGGUGCCAAAUACGCUCAGAACGGACAACUGUUUGCACGCUUCAAGCUGACGGAGACGCUAUCUGAAGACACGCUGGCCGGCAGACUGGUCAUGACGAAGGUCAACUCUGUGCUCCUGCUGCCCCUUUUUAAAGAGCGCAUGGGCCAGAACCAGCCAUCGGGAGCCAAGGAGCGCGUUUACGAGGCAUUAAUUGAGGAGAAAACGAAGGAUUACAUCUUCCUGCGGGUCUGUAGGGAGUGCUGCGAUGAGCUCGGGCUGGUGGCGGAUCAGGAGCUGCAGGUGGAGCUGCAGUUUCAGCUGAACAGGCUUCCUCUGUGUGAGAUGCACUACGCCCUGGACCGCGUCAGAGAUAACAGUAUCCUGUUUCCAGACAUCAGCCUCACUCCCACAAUCCCCUGGAGUCCCAACAGGCAGUGGGACGAGCAGCUGGAUCCGCGUCUGAAUGCCAAGCAGAAGGAGGCGAUUCUGGCCAUCACCACGCCGCUCUCCAUCAGUCUCCCGCCGGUGCUCAUCAUCGGGCCCUACGGCACCGGCAAGACCUUCACGCUGGCCCAGGCUGUCAAACACAUCCUCAAGCAGCCCGAGUCACGGGUGCUGAUCUGCACACACUCGAACAGCGCCGCCGAUUUGUACAUUAAAGAUUACCUUCAUCCAUACGUGGAGGCGGGAAAUCCACACGCACGACCUCUCAGGGUUUACUUCAGGAACCGCUGGGUGAAGACUGUCCACCCGCUGGUGCAGCAGUACUGCCUGAUCUCCGGAGCGCACUUCACCUUCCAGAUGCCCACGCGGCAGGACGUGGAGCGCCACCGUGUGGUCGUGGUCACACUCAGCACAUCCCAGUACCUCUGCCAGCUCGACCUGGAGCCAGGGAUCUUCACACACAUCCUGCUGGACGAGGCGGCUCAGGCGAUGGAGUGUGAGACCAUCAUGCCUCUGGCUCUGGCUGUGAAGAGCACUCGUGUGGUUCUGGCUGGAGAUCACAUGCAGCUCAGCCCGUUCGUGUACAGUGAGUUUGCGCGGGAGAGGAAUCUGCACGUGUCUCUGCUGGACCGGCUGUAUGAGCAUUACCCGUCCGAAUACCCCUGCAGGAUCCUGCUCUGUGAAAACUACCGCUCGCAUGAGGCAAUCAUCAACUACACGUCUGAUCUCUUCUACGAGGGAAAGCUGAUGGCCAGCGGGAAACAGCCGCCACAUAAGGAUUUUUACCCUUUGACCUUCUUCACAGCCCGCGGAGAAGACGUGCAGGAGAAAAACAGCACCGCGUACUACAACAACGCUGAGGUGUUUGAGAUCGUGGAGCGUGUGGAGGAGAUGCGGAAGAAGUGGCCCGUGUCCUGGGGGAAGCUGGAGGAGGGCAGCAUCGGUGUGGUCUCGCCCUACGCCGACCAGGUCUUCCGGAUCAGAGCCGAACUGCGCAAAAAGAGGAUGUCGGAGGUCAGCGUGGAGAGAGUGCUCAAUGUGCAGGGUAAGCAGUUCCGGGUGCUGUUCUUGAGCACGGUGCGCACGCGUCACACCUGCAAACACAAGCAGACGGCCAUCAAGAGGAAGGAGCAGCUGGUGGAGGACUCGACUGAAGAUCUGGACUACGGCUUUCUGUCCAACUACAAGCUGCUGAACACCGCCAUCACUCGAGCACAGUCACUGGUGGCCGUGGUGGGAGACCCCAUCGCCCUCUGCUCUGUGGGACGCUGCAGAAAGUUCUGGGAGACCUUCAUCUCUAUCUGCCAUGAGAACCACAGCCUCCACGGCAUCACCUUUGAGCAGAUUAAGGUCCAGCUGGAGGCCCUGGAGCUGAAAGAAGACGUAUGUGCUCAACCCGCUGGCCCCAGAGUUCAUCCCUCGGGCCCUGCGCUCGCAGCAUCCGCCGCAACAGGGCCCUGGAAAACACCAGCACUCCCCACCCAAAGGUACUGCAUCAGGCUCACUGCAUCCCACCUCGGAUUAGUGUCUGUUUCUCCUCAAGCCCUGCACUUCAUUGGCUCCAUCACUCGGGCUAAAGGACAGCUGGCCAAUCACACGGAGCCCUUCCCCCCUGAAGGUUUCGUUCAGCCCAAUGCUGCGGUGUUGAUGGGAAACCCAAUCCAGGCCUUUACUCCACCGGGUGCAGGAGCGCCAGCUUCUGGAAAAUCACCGAGUCCCGUUCAGAGACUCGACCCCGGGGCCAGCAUCCUAUAUGUGCCUGCAGUUUAUGGGGGAAAUAUGGUGAUGCCCAUGCCUCUUCCGUUGCCCUGGGCCGGUUAUCAGAGCCGUUUUGCGAUGGAUCCUCGCUUUAUGAGCCACCAGGCGGCCAUGUACAACUUGAACCUGCGUCCUGCAGCCAGUCGCACCUCACCUGUGCUGUACGGAUUCAGUCACGCGUCGCCUUUAGGCCUCAACCAGCAGCAAAAUACAGAGAAAGAGCUGCUUCAAGAGCCCAGCGGGAACGGGAAAAUGGACAUUAAUGGGAAAGCCGAGCAUUGUCGACUGCUGACGCCUGAGAGAAAAGCCCCUGAACUGAAGGAAAAACAGGGGGAUCCAGAAUCGGUCCAAAACAAGAGUCCAGAGCCCCAGUCCAGCAUGGGGCUUCCCUGCAAACCGCCUCAUACGCAAAGACCCCCAGAGAGCCCUCAAUUUCCACCUCGGACCCCCACAUCCUGGAUUCCCCUCUCAUCAUGGGAACAGCCAGUUCCCACAGCAGUACGGCCUGUCCCGACCCCCUCUCCGCAUGCAGACGCCCAUGCACCCGCAGGCCUCCUCCUUUCCUCCGUCGUUUUUCAGCGGGCCGCCGAUGGGACCCCGCGGACUGCAGUCUCCGGUGCUGGAAGGCGGAGAGGACCCCGAUGGGGGCCGGGAUGUCUGAGGAUCUGAAGGGUGUGGUUCGAG